ACUCGUCUUUAAAACUGACUAAAAUAGAACACUACAAGCAGUCAAACACAGUAUCAUUGCUAUAUUAGGAAAGGUAAUCGCAGCACACGGAAACGCAAAGUAGCAAACAGUACAACACUGCCCACAGAGAAAAUAAUUUAUUAUCAACAAACAUUUAAAAGUUCUCAUUCUCAUUCUAACUCUCUUCCAUUUCAAUUCAGUUUUCAGAUUUUACUUUACUCAAUUUUUUAAUUCAUUCAUUCAUCUUCAAAAACUAUUAUGGUGAAAUUCAGACACUCUCGUCUUGGACCACGAAAACCGUCGUUAACAGCGUCUCAGACAUUGAUCUUCACAUUGUUUGUGACCUUCACAUUGCUCAUUCUCAUUCUCUUAACUCUCCGUAUCCCGAAACUCAACCAUAUCAACUCCAUUUCUCAUAAUGCUCUCAGAAGUGAAGACAAUGACAAUAAGCGUUGGGUUCAAAUCGUAUCGUGGGAGCCUAGAGCAUUUUUAUAUCAUAAUUUUCUGACAAAGAAGGAAUGUGAACAUCUAAUCAAUACAGCCAAGCCAAGUAUGCAAAAAUCAUCUGUUGUUGAUAAUGAAACAGGAAAGAGUAAGGACAGCAGCGUACGAACAAGCUCUGGAACUUUUCUUGACAGAGGAGGUGAUGAAAUUGUGAGGAAUAUUGAGAAAAGAAUCGCUGAUUUUACUUUUAUACCUGUAGAGAACGGCGAAAGCUUUAAUGUUCUCCGUUAUGAAGUUGGACAAAAGUAUGAUCCUCAUUUAGACUACUUUGCGGAUGAUUAUAAUACUGUGAAUGGAGGUCAGCGUAUAGCAACAAUGCUGAUGUACCUUUCAGAUGUUGAAGAAGGGGGUGAGACAGUGUUCCCAGCUGCCAAGGGGAAUAUUAGCUCUGUGCCUUGGUGGAAUGAGCUUUCGGAUUGUGGAAAAAAAGGACUUUCAAUUAAGCCAAAGAUGGGUGAUGCAUUACUUUUUUGGAGCAUGAAGCCAGAUGGAACUUUAGAUCCAUCGAGUUUGCAUGGUGCUUGUCCUGUGAUCAAGGGUGAUAAGUGGUCAUGUACCAAAUGGAUGCGGAUCAAUGAAUUUAGAGCCUAAAUAUACAUUACUGUAGGCUGUUAUCGCUUCUUUGUUGUUGUACACAGAUGAAUAUAAAUAUAAAAUUAGUUUUACAAUUACGAUUACACAACAGUGUUUAUUUGGCAAAGUUUUACAUUAUUGCUAAUCCAAGUCUGAUCUGAAGCAGCUGAUAGAAUA